AUGAUGAUGACAGCGUGCGAUGUCUCCGCAAUCACCAAACCUUGGCCCAUACAACAAACUGUAAGUAAUAUUAUGCAACUAAUAAUUAAUGACAGGAUAAUGAGGUAACACGCAAAAGGACUGGGAUUAGUUGUCAAAUAGAAAUACUUUUUUGGGAAUCCUCCAUUCUCGUAUCCAGAGCCCUUGGGGCAUCCUCGUUCGCCGAGAAGUCCUGGGAACCAACGAAGACAAAAGAAAAAAGAGAUUAUUAAAGACAGUAUAUAUAUAAGAUUUAUUGCUCGUUUCAAGUCCUUUGGCGUCGCGUAAAAUAAACAGCAGCGUAAGCCCGACCUCCAAGGCGAAACAAAAGAAAUUUGAAAAUAACAUUCAUAAAAAUAUUUUAAUUUUCAAAUCAUCUCACAUUUCAGGUCGCUAAAUUGGUCGCGAGUGAGUUCUUUGAACAAGGAGAUAUUGAAAGAGAUGAACUAAAAAGUGAACCAAUGGUGAGUAUUUCUAUGAAACUGAAGGCCAAAUGUUGACGUUUUUUUAUUUUAAUGUUACCCUAAUCCGAGGAAUUCACAGUCCUGAACAGUAACCUUAAUCCUAAUGCUAAUCCUUGUCACAUCCUUUCGGGAUGAGAAAGUUGCAAAAACGUUGUGUUUGGCUAGCCGAGAAAUUAAAGAGCCUAAAAAUGUUUUAUACAACCACUACUGAUUUCGAGCUAUGCAGUUUCUUCCACCGUACUUAUAGUUAGACUUACUAAAAAGACUCGCUAUGUUUGUCAUUCUCUAUUUUUAAGCCAAUGAUGGACAGGAAGAAGAAAGAUGACCUCCCUAAAAUGCAAGUUGGAUUCAUAGACGCCAUAUGUUUACCAAUUUACAAG